AUGGCGACAUCUACUCGGGUCGCCGAGUUAUCUCCUGCAAAUGCUACUAUUCUUGCUGCCCAUUUUGCGGCUUCCGGAGAUUUAAAGGCUCUACGGUCGGUAUGCUUGUUGCAUUCUUCGACACUCCGCGGCCAUACGCUUCUGCGUGUGCUAUUAUGUCUCCCGGAGACUACUCAACCGAAUCUGUACAUCCCGCUUAUCAGAACUGUUCUAUCAAAUGAAGACAUUACGCCACUGGAAGAUGAGGGAAUGGUGGAAGAUAUGGAAUCAUCGUUACCAAUCACUAAAAUAUCCGAUAAAAGCGCGCAAAAGAAAAUAGAAAAGCUUCCAACUCUGCCGCUAGGGAAUGAUGACGAUGGGAAGGGGCUAGUAACUUCCUACUUGCUACAGCGAUCGCGCAAUAUCGAUUCAGAAACCGGCGCACUAUCGAUCAUCAGGGAGCUUCUAACUCCCUUCCGGGACGAUUUACCGACGAUUAGAAAUUACCUAGAUGGUUCCGUAGAGGUCUUAUCAAAACUUGUCUACGAAUAUGCCCAGGAAAACGAAGAUGAUAUUGGGGGUACGGCAGUUUUUGAGACAAUGGAAGUGGAUGCGGGCACGAAAAUACUAUUGAACCGCUGCGGAAGGGGAGGAAAUGUCGUACAAGAUUUGAAGCAGCUUGUGGUCCCAUACUUGAAUUAUAGAGGGAGCUAUGGAAAUGGUUGGGGUGUGAUAUGGAAAUGGUUGGAGCAAAAGGUUGAAUCGGGGGAUUGGGCCGGGUUUGUUGAGGUUAUCGCAAGAUGGGAUGGGCCCGAGAACCAAGCUUUGCGGGAACAGUACGCAAGACUUGCCUUAGCGGGAUGUUAUAUUUGUGGUGAGACGGAGAGUUGGGCUUUGGAUGGAAUGCGGGUCGUUGAGAAAAGGGUGCGGGGCUUUGUAGAUGCUGGUGUAGGUGCCAGGAAUAUAUACAAGGCGCCAACCAAACUAGGCGGCUUGUUAGAUAAAGAGAAUCCGCUCACUGCGCCGAAUACAGAAUCGCUCAAGAUACUUGAUCUCUUGAUUACCUCCGCCGGGAUCUUGUCUAUUCCGCUGGCGGCAGCGGCAAAAGUAAAGUUUGAGGGUUCACACGACGAUCAGAAAGGAGUACUUGCACGAUACGUGAGGAACGGGCCGAAUUGGACCAAGAGAUCUAAUGAAGAGUGGAAGAAGCUGAGGAAUGGUCUAAGGUGGAUGCGAUCCGAGUCGGGAGUCUUGGAGAAAUUAUCUGUAGAGGAGGUUGAGAAGGUGCUACUCUCGGGAAUGUUAGCAGCUACGAAGUUUCCGUUGGUAAAGGAAGUCUAUGUUACCGGACGCGACGGAGGGUUGGGGAAGGAAGAGGUCGAAAGAAGCGUAUUAGAUGCCUUUCAGGAGUUUUACGACAAUGCGAGUAAUGGAAACAAGACUAGGGGUGGAGUAAAGAAUGCGUUAAACACUCUCCAGAUACUCUAUCCUCAAUACUCGAAUUCUACAGCUCUCGAACGUGCUUUCCGUCUGGUCAAUGCCACCCACGCACUUUCCCACUACUCCCUAACAAUCACUCCUGGUGUCCCACUCCGCCCAGUUCAUGACCUCUGCUUUGGUACCACUGGCUAUGACGGGGGUAGAAAAACCAACGCCAGAGUCCUCGGGAUGUGCAUAGACGCAGCACUUUCAGAAUCCGAUUUUGACACUGCGUACUCAUUCAGCAUGAACCGACUUGUCUCUAUGGCCACAGAUGAUGAAGACACUGAAGAGGUUAAGGACGUAAUCUGGCGUACUUGCUUCCAGGCAGGACGGUACCGUUCCCCAUAUGCUGCCCUUAUAGGCGAAACAUCUGCAUAUGGCGGCAAAGCAUUGCGAACAGUCGAAAUGCGAAUGGAACUUCUCGGCCAAGCUCUUCGGGUAUGCCCUCCGCCCGCAUUGGCAGAAGUCCUAGCCGCCUGGCGACGCUGCGAGGAAGAAAUGCAAGCCGGGCUCAAGGAAGAGGAGGAAGAGGAAGAGCGUCAUGCUGCACUCUGGAAGACCGGGGAUGCAAGAACCGGCUCAGGCAGAAGAAAAGAAGACGAGGCUCCUAUGGGGCUAUUUGCCGUCGCGAGAGAGGCCGCACAAGCGCUCAGAGGGUCUAAAUUUCCACUUGCUGCUGGGCGAGGAAUGGACGGUACUGGUAGUGAGCAUGGAAGUGAGGGGUCUGUGGCGACAGAGGAGAGGAUCAGGAAGAGAGAUAUGGUUUCCGGCGUUGUUACGCGUGGGCUUGCGGGUGGGAUUGGGUGGGUACUUGGUGCCCAACCCGCUGUCCCACCACGUUAG